GUAUCGUCAGUUGCGUUUGGUUCUCUGGACGAAACAGCACGUCACGCUGCCGCGAAAUUUCGGUACAAAACGAAACGAGAACAAUUUGCACGCUCAGCUAUUUGUUUUUCAAAUGGAGUUUGUGUAGAGAGGAGAGGGAGGGUAGGAGUGAUGACCCGGGAGACAUGCGGCCGAUCCUCAUCGCGGCUUGCCUGCUGCUGCUAGCGCCUAUCACCGAUUCUUGGUGGGCGUCUGGCAGCGCUGUGAUCCUAGAUCCCCGCAUGGUCUGCAAGAAGAACCGUCGCACCAAGGGUCGCCUAGCCCAAAUCUGCAGAAACGAGACUGGUCUUCUGAAGGAGAUCAGUCGAGGAGUUUCGCUUGGAGCAACCGAGUGUGCUCAUCAGUUUAGAAACAGACGUUGGAACUGUACUACACAGAGAAGAAGUAUGAGGAAUAUACUCAUGAGAGACACAAGAGAGACGGGGUUUGUCAACGCCAUCACUGCCGCUGGAGUCACCUAUUCAAUCACACGAGCAUGCACGGCAGGAUCUCUUCUGGAGUGUUCUUGUGAAAAGGAAGUAUCAAAGCCACGUCGCGGUCGUGUAUCACCGGUCCCGUUGCCACCUGCGCCUGCGCAAACAGAUCGAUGGCAAUGGGGCGGCUGCAGUGACAACGUGCGCUUCGGUCUUCAGAAAUCUAGAGAAUUUAUGGAUAGUAGAUAUAGAAAGAAAAGCGAUAUAAAAACUUUAAUAAAGCUACACAACCACAAUGCUGGGAGGUUGGCAAUCAAAUCUAAUAUGAGAGUAGAAUGCAAAUGCCAUGGGUUGUCAGGAUCUUGUACUUUAAGAACCUGCUGGUGGAGAAUGCCAAGUUUUAGAGAAAUUGGAGAUCGUAUAAGAGAUAAGUUCGAAGGUGCUGCUAAGGUAAUAGCAAACAAUGACGGUGAUAGCUAUAUGCCAGAAAGUACAAAUAUAAAGCGACCAGGUAAAAAGGAUAUUAUAUAUUCUGAAGAGUCACCUGAUUUUUGUAUGCCAAAUUUGAAGACCGGUUCCCUCGGAACGCAGGGAAGGCAGUGUAAUAUAAGCUCAGCGGGAACAGACAGCUGUGAUCAGCUUUGUUGUAGAAGGGGCUAUGCACAAAGCACGAUUAGAGAGACUGAAAAUUGUAAUUGUCAAUUCAAAUGGUGCUGCGAAGUUAUAUGUGAAACUUGUUAUGUAAAACGUGACAUACAAACAUGCCUAUGAUGUGAUAGCUAAUGUGUAAAACGAGAGUAUGAAAUUAAAACAUUAUACUAA